AUGGCUGGCAGAGUGACGGGGUUAAGCAGACACCAAAGACCACCGCCGCUUCUUUCCCAGAUUCGUGGCUAUGAAAAGCGAAAGCUUGAACAGCAACCUGACGAUGUCAACGCUCUGCCCAUGUCUUCCGAAGACGAGGCUGAAGACGAUAUACCCUCCCCCGCCGACUUAAGGCUGAGACCAAGUGGCUCUCAGGCCCAGACGCCAAUCGAGCAGUCUGAUGAUUCCGAACCAGAAACUUCAGCUCGUGGAGAUAUCAAGCGCACAGCCUUCCGCAACCCGAGUAGCAGUAAAAGUCGUAGGAAUUCCACCCGAAAGGUGAACCAGAAGGAAGAAGAGACAUCGAAAACAGGAAGCCAUGCGGAAACAUCUUCCUCGAGCGUGAAACGAAGGAAACUUGGCAGCAGCAAAUCCGGGAAUGGUUCUCAUUUCGAAGACACUUAUGGAUUCCCCAAUGCAGGCAGCAGCAAAGCAAAAUAUGGGAGCUCACAGCCUCGAGGAUCGCAAGCUUCUCGUGGCUCGCAAAGUUCUCAAGUAAAGAAAGGCAAGGCAAAAGUGACAAAGGGCGAGCUUAUAAAUGAGAAGACCGAAGAAGACGACUUCUUACAUAGCUCCCAGACGGAAGAAAAGCCGACCUUCAAACCUGUGUCACAAGAAUCCUUUAGUAGUCCCACAACGUCGAAGGUUUCUUUAAGGCUUGCACCCCAGGAUGACUUGGGGACUCCCAAAAAGAAAGGGAGCAUAGAAAGAAAACCCACAAGCCGCGGUCUAUCUACUACUCCAACAAAAAGCCAGGUAGCUCACACCGCCACCAAACUUUCGCAAGACGGCCCGAGCAGGUCGCGUUCGUCGUCUCAGAAUCGAAUGGGUGUCUGGAAACCGGUGCCACUUCCAAAGAAAUCAGGGGGCCGACUCAAGACGCCCGAGUACAAACCACCCACGUUCGUUGCGCCAGCCGAGAUUGAUGGCAUGCAGACGAGCAAUAGCGAUAUAGGUAGCAUAUCAUCGCCAGUCUUAUCAGAUCUGGAUGAACUCAGCGACACAGAAACGAUCAAUGAGGAGCCCCUCGCAGACAAAAACAGUUUGGACGAUAGAGUGACGAAAUGCCCGUGGUGUGGGGACCUUGUGUCAGAACAGACCCUCAAGGAUUAUUCCAAGGGGAAGAGACUGAACGUGCAGAUGCAAACAAGGUUCUGUGCUAAACACAAGAAAGAAACUGCCAUGGACACAUGGCGUGAAAGAGGCUAUCCUCAUGUUGACUGGAGCCAUCUUGAAGGGCGACUGGAUGACCAUCGAGCAUACUUGACCAAGAUCGUCAAUGGUAAACAGUCAUUUUUCCGUGAUAUUCUAGCAGAGAAAAUCGAAACAGGCCAGGCCAGGUCACUCAAGAAGGAGGGUAACCUCAACCCAGGCUACUAUGGCCCAAGAGGCUGCAAGCUUAUGUGCGAUUACCUCGUGGAGGAAUUUGGUGAAUCGUUGAAAGAGAAUGCGACAAAAGAUCGUGUCAUCGCUGGUCGUGGUUCUGCAGCCUUUAUCCAGUCGGUGUUGGUAGCUGAACUUGCUGUACAAUUGAUCAUGGAGGAUAUGGAUGUGUCUGCCUCGGAGGCCAGGGAGAUUAUGGAGGAGAGCAAGGCUCUUGGUGAGCUGAUCCAUGAAGAAACAUGA